AUGACGUCACCAAAUAUUAAUGAUACGGAUGUAUGUGGUGAUUGCAGGUUGCACGGAAUUAUCAUCAUUAUGGAGUUUAAGCGGUUGAAGAUCGAGUCAAUGAACGUGGAUUGUACGGAAGCGAGGUUGCACGGAAUUAUCAUCAUUAUGGAGUUUAAGCGGUUGAAGAUCGAGUCAAUGAACGUGGAUUGUUCAAAUUUGAAACUUAUUAUGGAGUUUAAGCGCGAGAUGGCUAAAAACUUUGAAAUGUCGGAUUUGGGAAAGCUUACUUAUUAUCUUGGAAUUGAAGUGUCGCAGAACAAGGACGGGAUAAAAAUUAAGCAAGAGGCGUAUGCAAAGAAAAUACUGACAGAAGCUGGUAUGAUUAACUGUAAUCCUACUAAUGUCCCCAUAGACCCAAACGUGAAAGUUUCUAAAUUUGAAGACGAAGAAGAUUUUGAUGCAACGAGAUAUCGAAAUAUUGUCGGGUGUCUCCGGUGCCUUUUACAGACUCGACCAGAUUUGGCGUUUUCGGUCGGAGUAGCCAGUCGGUACACGCAAUGCCCGAAGCAAUCUCAUGCAGCUCUCAUAAAACAAAUUCUUCGCUAUUUACGAGGUACUUUUAGUUAUGGCAUUACCUAUACUCGAGGAGAAAAUAUGUUGGUCGGUUACAGCGAUAGUAGUCACAACAUAGAUCCGGACGAUGGAAGAAGUACUAUGGGACACGUAACACUAUUAUACACAACACACAACAUAUAUUUGGUUAUCUUGUACUCCAAUCGUGCACACACGUAUGGGUGGCAAGAUGUGUAG